AUGCUGCUGGGCCGCGUGCUGCUGCUGACGGCCGCGCACAGCGGGCGGCGGCGCAUGGCGGCCCAGGCCCAGAGCUGCGACGCCUUCGAGUGGCACUGGCUGCGCGAGACGAAGAGCACGCAGGACGCCGCCAAGCAGAUCCUGAAGCAGCGCGUCGUCGGGAACAGCAACGGCCACGACGGGAAGCACGUCGCCGUCGCGACGGCGCACCAGACGGCCGGCCGCGGCACGCGCGGCCGGACGUGGAACGACGACGGCCGCGGCAACGUCGCGCUCACCGUCGCGCUCGACAUGCGCCACCUGCCCCUGAAACCCGUGACGCUCGUGCCCCUGCGCGUCGGCGUCGAGGUCGCCCGCGUGCUGGCGGACCACCUCGAGGACGCCCCGGGCUGCGCCGUGUCGCUCAAGUGGCCGAACGACGUGCUGCUCAACGGGAAGAAGGUCUGCGGCGUGCUCAUCGAGGCCGACGGCGACGCCCUGCUCGUCGGCGUCGGCAUCAACGUCGCGACGCACCCGGACGUGCCCCAGGCGGGCCCCGAGCGCGGCCGCGAGGCCACGUCGCUCGCGGCGUGCGGCGCGACGUCCGCUGACGCCGAGGCCAUCGCCAAGGACCUCGCGGCGCACCUGUCGACGUGGGCCGACGGCGUCGACGACGCGCCGACGCUCGUGGCCCACUGGUCCCACUUCGUCGACUGGAGCCUGCCCCUCACGCUCCGCGACACGUCCGAGGUCGUCUCGCCCGUGCGGCUGCUCCCGGACGGCCGCCUCAGGGUCCGGCCGGCCGCCGGCGGGCCCGAGCGCGACCUCGUCGCCGAGUACCUGCUCUGA